UAAUUUAUAGAUAAAUCGACGUUUCUUUCACAAUGGACGAAUCGCCGAUAUUCGACAACGAGAACAAGCGCUCAGCUGGAAAUAAGCGCCAGCAAACCGAGUCGCCAUUUUCCGCCGCUACGCCUAAAUCACGACUAGGAAGAGAACCGAAACGCAUUUUUGGAACUUCGUCGGGCAAUAUGGCCGAUAGCAACCUGGAGGAGACCUGCCUCGAGCAUGAUUCCCGCCCGUCUUCUGCUUCUUCUAUCACCCCUGCCGACAACACAAGUCUACUGGAUUUGUCUACAGUAACAGCUUUGGCUACUGAUGAUGCAUCCUUCGUGGGAACCAACGAUGCUUCCAUCACUCCGGGCAGCAAUGUUGAUGUGAAUUUAGAACAAUCUGAGCUCUACGACACCUCAAAUUGCACGAGCAACCUGAGCAUGGUUCAAGAAAGCGACGAGACGGACGCCGAUGCCACACUGUCCAAUGAUUUCGAUAAUCAAUUGGCACUUGACGGAGAGACUACGCCUACUGCUUCUCGUACUCCAAUGAGCCAGAUUCUGAGCCGAGAAUGUACUCCAACAGUAUCUAAUCCACAGCUUCUCACGGAAAUCGCCAAAGGAGUAGAUCAGCCUACAAAGCCAGUCCGAGAUGUCCCCCAGUCCCCAGUGCUUCCUGUCAAAGGUCACAUUGACUUCUCACUACACGAGUUUGAAAUGUUGGAGCAGAAUUCCGAGCAUGAGGAGUCAAUCAAACUUCUUCAGUCGCAGAUCGAGCUUCUCCGUCAAAGUCACAGUCAACAGCUCAGUGAGAUUCAAGAAGCUCGAAUUUUUGAGGAAAAGAUGCUGACUCAGCAAGUAGAUUCUGCAAUGAAAAAGGCAAAAUCUGACCGCGAAGCCGCUAAGGCACGAGAACAAGUUCUCGAGAAACAAGUUCAGGAGUUACGCUUGAAGCUGGAAGAGCCUGACGAAGAGAAGAAUCAGUUGGUACACAAUCUUGCUGCUCUGAACGCUCAAAUCGAGGAGUUGACCCAGAAGGCUUUGAAAGUAGAUUCGAUGCAACAAGGAGCGACUGCUUCGGAAGAUCGGAUUCGGGAGUUAAUUGGAGGCCAUCAAGAAGCAAUCAAACAGCUUGAGAAUACCAAACAAAUGAACGAAAGUCUUCAGCGCGAUCUAGUAGAGAAAGAAGCGAGAUUCAGUGAAGAGAUGGAAAGGAUUCGCACCGAAUCACAAACAACAAGUGAAUCGCUGAAGUAUGAGCACGAACUUGUUCGCAAGAUGAUGAUUGAGGAUAUGGAGAAACUGGAGGCAGAAGUACUCGCCCUCAAAUCCCAACAAGCAAACUUGGAGAUCCAAGAAUUUCACGACAAGAUCAAACAACUUGAAUUGGAGGUGCAACUGUCGUCUGAGAACAAAGAAAAACUUCAAGCAGAGUUAAUGGUGGUACAAGAAAAAGCUUCCGAAAACAUCAAGAAUGCCGAGGAAAAAGUGAACGGCCUUGAAGCAGAGGUCGAAAAGCUGCGAUUUGAAGCCACCAAUAAUUCUCGUGUUGUGGAGCUCGAGCAACAACUCGAAGAGUUCAGAUCGCUCAUGAUUAAAGAGAUUUCUGAUUUGGAGAACCAGUUAGAAGCUGCAAAACUUGAGUCAGGAUCCACGAGUGAGCCCAAUGCACAGUUGGAGGCAUCGCAAGCUACAAUCCAGGAAUUGACUUCUGAGAUGAAGAUGCAGUUGGAAGAAGUGAAGAGACAGUCUGAUGAAAACAAUUCGUUGAAUGUACAUCUGACAUCUUCAAACGAAAAAAUUGCGGAACUAACGUCUUCAUUGGAGAUGGUGGCUGCUCAACUCUUAUCUUCACAACAAGAAACUGAUGUUGCCGUCACUAAGGUGGAAAAUCUGGAGUUGAAGAUGGAAGAGGCUCAUCGAAUGUAUUUAUUGGAUAUUGAACUGUCAAGAGUAAAGAUUGACGAACUUCAGUCUUCUAUUGAGGUGCUUUCAAAGCUUGAACGUGAGGUUCAGUCAUCCAAUUUGCAAAACGAAGAGUUGAAACUUUCUCUGAGGAAUUUUGAAGAACUUCAAGCCGAUCUUGCCAUGUCGAAAGCAAAGAAUGAAGAACUCGAACAGCAAAUUGAAGAUUCUAGUCGGGAGUUUUCUGUCAUCACUGAAGCAAGUAAGGAAAUGAAGUUGAAAUGGGAUUCGUCUGAAGCUCAGAUGUCUGAAAUGAUAGCUUCUUUGGCCGCCUUCCAAGAAGAAAUGCAAUCAACUCAAGCUGAUGCUGUCGCUUCUGAAGAUAAAGUCAAACAGGUGGAAUCUUUGUUGGAGAAUUUGAAGGAACCUUUGGAGGAAUUAAACAAUCUUCGUGCCAAUUUGAAGGAUUCCAACGAUAAGAUUUUGGAUCUUCAAUCUCAACUCGAAUUGGCUCAGCAAUCUUCGGAUCUCGCUGAUCGUCUUCAGGAGGACUUGAGAACUUCAGAUGCCAGGGUCCAAGAAUUGAAUAUUCAAGUGUCUGAACUCGAACAGCAAAUUGAAGUUUCUAGUCGGGAGUUUUCUGUCAUCACUGAAGCGAAUAAGGAAAUGCAGUUGAAGUUGGAUUCGUCUGAAGCACAGAUUUCUGAAAUGACAGCUUCAUUGACCGCCUUCCAAGAAGAAAUGCAAUCAACUCGGGCUGAUGCUGUCGCUUCUGAAGAUAAAGUCAAAGAGUUGGAAUCUUUGUUGGAGAAUUUGAAGGAACCUUUGGAGGAAUUAAACAAUCUUCGUGCCAAUUUGAAGGAUUCCAACGGUAAGGUUUUGGAGCUUCAAUCUCAACUCGACUUGGCUCAGCAGUUUUCGGAUCUCACUGAUCGUCUUCAGGAAGACUUGAGAACUUCAGAUGCCAGGGUUCAAGAGUUAAACGUGCAAGUCUCUGAUCUUCAAAGCGAGCUUGAAACUGCUCGCCAGGACACCAAUGCUGUUCAAGUCGUUAUGGAAGCUCUUAAAUCAGAACAAGGUGAAUCGUAUGAAGCUCUUCGUGCUGAACUUGACGCUGCUGUUCAAGAAAAAGGCAGAUCUUCUGAUCUCGUAACUUCGUUGGAAGGUAAAAUUCAGGAGUUAGAAACUGCUAUCGAGAGUAGUACAGCUGAAAACGUUCAAAAAAGCAAAACCAUCCAAGACUUCACCGACAAAGUGUCACUACUUGAAUCGCAAAUCUGUGAGCUGAAAAGUCAAAAUGAGCAGAUGGAAAUUGAUACUAACUUGAAUAUGGAUCAGUUAUCCGAAAUGUCUUCUCAGUUGGAAUCUGCAAACGCCGAGCUCAUUGAACUGACGAGGACUUCCGCUGAGACUAUUGAUAAGCUUCGUGGAGAAGUAGAAAAGUCUACAAAGGCAAUGAUGGAUCAAGAAGAACAUCUUGCGGAACUAGUGGCCAAGAUUGAAAGCCGAGAUGUUGAGAACGCGGAUCAAGCUGCAAAGCACAAGGAAGAACAAGAACGCCUCCAAUCCGUAAUUGAUACUCUUCGGACAUCACAGAGUACAAUCGAAGAAUCUCAAGCCAAGUCAGAGGAGUUGAAUUCACGCAUUAAAGAGCUUCAAGCAUCAAUUGAGUUUGCACAAAAGGCCCUAGCUGACACCGAAAACGCAAAGCAGGAGAAAGUCGAAGAACUCGAAAAAGUUCAGGAGCAGAUGCUAAACCUCGUGCAAGCUUUCGAAGUGGAGAAAGCAUCGAUCCGAUUGGAGUGGAACUCGUCUUUGAGCAAUGCAAACGAAAAACUCGAGGCUGCAGAGGAAGCACUCUCUCAGAAAGAGAACACGAUUGUUACUCUGGAGUCGCGGAUCGAAACAAUCUCACAGCAGUUUGAGGCUCGCCUGGAAGAAGCAAAUGUCUGGAAGUCGCAGGCAAUGCAACUCGGCACUCUCACUCAAUCGCUUUCGCAAAUGCAACGACAGCUUGGAGAAAUGCAUGAGAAGAUGGAAGCAUCUGACCGUCGUGUCAUUGAAGUCGAAGAACAAGCUCAACACGACAUCACUUUGAUUCAAGUUGAAAAUAAAGAACAGUCGGAAGCACUGGAACAAGCACAUUCUCGUAUUCUGGAACUUGAGGAAAAGUUGGUGAGGGCUGAAAUCGAAAUCCAGCGAUUGGAGAAAGUUUGUGAUGCAUUUGAUGAUGACGAGCGGGAGUAUAAGGACAAGAUCAUGACACUUCAGUCCGAGAUCAAGCAGCUGAAGGGUGUAAAGACGCCGCCACGAGUAAUGGGACUGAUCGAGCAAGCAAGACUUGGUGUGAAACAACUGAGCCGCGAAAGCUCACUUGUCGAACCGCAAAACUCUGCUCAUGAGGAUGCCUUCGAAGAUGCGCAGAACUCCUUCCAAGAUCGUCUUCAAACCAUGUCGAAUACUACUGCCCGGCAGAUAGAUGCUUCAAAUCAUCAUCCGGAGGAUCACGUUUUGGAGAAGUCGGCUCGCGAAACUCCAUCGAAGAAGAAUCGAUCAAACUGCCAACACCAAUAGGCUAUAAGAUUCUCUCACCCCACUAGAUCUCUCACCGUCCCCCACUAACAUAUGUGCCAUGAAUACCCGUUCUGAACCCAUAUUUACUUGUCAAAUAUUAUUUGCUUUUAGGGUCAGAAUAAACGGGUUUUUAAAUUUAUCAACGAUUUUUAGUCUCAUUAAAAUACAAUCAAAGAAGAUCCUGAAUAAAGGUGACGUCAUUUAUA